GUGAGACCUUUCAUGCUUGUUGCAUUGUACCGGAAAAGAGUGACAUUCUCUGAUCCGAACGUGGAACACAGGAUUUAUACAUUAUGAAAGAACCAGAAGUGGAUCCGAAGAAUAUUAUAAAAAGCAGAGAACUACUUUACAGGCUUAUGAUCAGCCAACUAUUCUAUGAUGGACACCAAACAUUGGCUGUGCAGUUAUCAAAUAUAAUUCAAGCAGAACCUCCAUGCCCACCGUCUGAUCGUUUACUUCAUUUAAUGUUAAUUGGAUUAGCUCAUGAACCUGAUCGUUCUAAGAAGGACGCAAGUAAUUUAUCUUCCUUUACAUCAACUUUUGAUAAUACUUUGGGACCUGGCCUAGAUUUAGAAUUUGAGACAGAAGCUCAAACGCAAGCUCCAGAACCUGCACAAUAUGAGACUGCCUAUGUAACCUCACACAAAGGAAAUUGUAGAGCUGGAGCAUUUUCUGCAGAUGGUCAAUUGAUAGCAACUGGAUCAGUAGAUGCAUCAAUUAAAAUUUUAGAUGUAGAUAGAAUGCUGGCUAAAUCUGCACCAGACGAAAUGGCACCUGGUGAUCAAACAGGUGGUCAUCCAGUUAUAAGAACAUUGUAUGAUCAUUUAGAAGAAGUGACAUGUUUAGAAUUCCAUCCAAGAGAGCCUAUUCUUGUGUCUGGGAGCAGAGACUUUUCUAUUAAGCUAUUUGAUUUUAGCAAGGCCAGUGUUAAGAAAGCAUUCAGAACUAUUACAGAUGCAGAUCAAAUACGAUGUUUGUCAUUUCAUCCUACUGGUGAUUUUUUAGUUGUUGGAACCAAUCAUCCAGUAGUCAGAUUAUACGAUGUUAAUACGGCACAGUGCUUUGUCUGUAGUAUACCAAGUCAUCAACAUACUGCUGGAAUAACUAGUAUUAAGUAUUCCCCUGAUGCAAAAACUUAUGCAUCAGCUGGUAAAGAUGGAAGUAUCAAAUUGUGGGAUGGUGUAUCAAAUCGAUGUAUAAAUACCUUUGUGAAAGCACAUGAUGGCUAUGAAGUAUGUUCAGUAACCUUCACAAGAAAUGGAAAGUAUUUACUAUCAUCAGGAAAAGAUUCUUUGAUUAAAUUAUGGGAACUCUCUACUAGCAGAUGCUUAAUAGCAUAUACAGGUGCUGGAACCACAGGUAAACAAGAACAUAAAGCUCAAGCUAUUUUUAAUCACACUGAAGAUUAUGUGAUGUUUCCCGAUGAAGCCACAACGUCGUUAUGCGCAUGGAAUUCUCGAAAUGCAUCUAGAAAACAAUUACUAUCAUUGGGACAUAAUGGUCCAGUAAGACUGAUUGUUCAUUCUCCAACUGCUCCGGCAUUUUUGACGUGCAGCGAUGAUUUCAGAGCAAGAUUUUGGUUUAGAAGAAUGCCAACUCAUUAGAUUGAUAGUUAAAAGGCAAAUAUUUGUCUUAAACAUAACAAAAUUUAACGAGUUCGGUAAUAUUUAUAACUUCAGAUAUGAUUAACAGGCAGAGUGAUAGUCAUUUAAGCAGUGAAAGGGAAAAUAUCGGAUGGUGAACGACAUGAAAAAUUGUACAGGAAAAUAUUGUGCAACUUUCUCCAAUGGACAAAUAUCUAAUCGCUAUGCAUUGAAGCGAUAAACGAUUACUCGCAUAGCAUAUGUUAAAAUGAUAUGAUAUAAUUUUAUAUCAUUGUGUAUAUUCGUUCCGUUUUGCUUGAAAGUAAAA